CUGGCGCUGGGAACGUCACUGAUCGUUUAGAGUCAUUUGAUCCAUGAGCGCGUGAGCGGCGGAGGAGGCUGAGUCCGCGUGGGGAGGAAGAGGAGGAGGAGGAUAAACCCUCCACACUCAGGCACGCGACGGACCGAGAAGAAAGGCUCGGACGUGGGAUCGUCCGCGCGCCACUCCGUGGAUUGUUCCCGCGUGGAAGAAAUCUGCCGCUCCGCGUUUUCCUGCUUCAACCGCAGAAACUGUUUGGAUGUGAUUAACUGCCGCUGGCGGGACUCUGCGCGCGCGCGGCGUGGCGCGUGCGUGCUCAGGUGUGUGCGCGCGCGUCCACAGGUAACUCAUUAACGCCUCCCUUUGUGUUUACAUGGAGGAGCGCGUGAACGGAACAGGAAGAAAGCGCGAGCCUCUCGGUGUUUGUUGAGCGCGCGCACGUCGCCGCACGCGCGGGUCGAUGAGGAUGGAUUUGUGGGAUUUCCGACUUUAACCGGAUGGAUGUUCGAGCUGAAAGAACAGGAAGUUCGGUUCGGAAGGAGGAUCCGGGUCCGUGAUGGAGAACUUCAGACAUGGUGGCCAGAGCGUUGUCCUCCUGGCAAACGGUCCCAUCUGAAGCUGAAACCAGAGGUAUUCGGGUCCAGAGCAUGGAGAGGUGAAAGGUCAGCCUCACUGAUGUUUCUGGGCCAAAAGCUCUUCUCACUGCAGAUCAGGUAGAUGCCAGAACAGCUCACAAGAUGAACCCCCUAGCAGCCCUCAGCAUUGACCGAAACGCUCUGGUGGGGGAAAGUAUCCGCCCCCAUGGAGGACUCAUCUACCCGGGCAUCCAUCCUCUUUCUGCACAGAAGCCCCAGGAUCCUGGUGCCUCCCUGCGACUUGGCUAUGACCUCCUGUAUAAGCCAGCUGUACCCCUUCUGGAAGGCCAGAAGUCUGUCAAUGGAUGUGCUGAACUAUAUAAAAACUCUCCUCCAGGGCUGCAGAAGCCUCUGCUUGUCUCUGCUGCAGAAGGGAAUGGCCUGGGAUUGAACCCCCGGUCUCUGCCUGUGGAGAAGCAGUCAGAGGGGAGUCUGAACGGUGCGGGUAACUUUCUCCGGUUGCCUUGGAUUAGCCCAUAUAUGGAUGCUUCAAUGUACCCCUUCCUGGACAUGGCGUACAAGACGUCCCUCUUGUCUGCAUCGCCCUUCACCCAGCAGCAGCUGGCGUAUCAGACUUUAUGUGCCACUGGAAGUAACACACCUGGAGAUGAACGACUUUUCUUCAUUUCUCCAUACUCUCCGGCUCAUGUUGCCUCCUCACUGGCUCAUCCCAUCAGGAUGUCCUCAGUCAACCUCACCCGGGCCGUCCUCUCCUCUCCGCCCCACAGACAGGACAAGACCUUGCAGGGCUUUGGAGCACAGUUGCCUCAAGAGCUUUCUGCUUUCAGCCCCGGUUCUCAGACUCGCCAGGAGUCCCAGAUGCAGAGGGAGCAUUCUGAGUGUCAGCGUGAUGUAAAGGCGUGUCAAUCUGGCUCUACCAAGAGCGCCGUCAGCAGUGGCACUCACGUUAACUCAUCUGCAGUGUCCCAACCGGCCACCUCAGAUCCUCAGAAGCAUCUUUACAAGAAGGCCACUUCGCCCUCACUUCCUGCUUCACAUCCCUUCUACCUGGCCUCCCAGCGCAGCCGCAACUCAGGCAGCAGUAAUACCAAAGACUCCAACUACAACGCUGAAACGCACUCAACACGUGCAAAGACGUCACCAGGCACCGCUGUACCUCAGAAAGCUUCCAAAAACCUGGAAGGAAAAGCAAAUCCUGCUGAAGAGUUGGAAGAAUUUCCAAAUAAAUUCGCGUCCAAAGCGCCAGCUGUGGCCAGUUUGGGGUAUUUACAACCAUCUCACUACAGGGCAGGAGCCAAUCAGAAGCAAGACCUCAAAGAGGGACGACCUCUACCCAUUAGCUCUUUGACCUCAGAUCAUGAAAUGACCUCUGGGGUUAUCACUGACCGUAACAUUUGCUCCCAAAAUACAAGUAGUGCAGUGGACAUUACUCAGAAUCAGCAGGAAUCUCCAGUUCCAUCUGAAUCUGUGGGGCAGCUAACCAGUGUUCCCAGUACGGCAUCUUCUGGACAAUUUCCUGCCUCCAAAUCAAAACCUGAAUGGCCCAAAGUUUCUACUGCUGAUUCUGUAAAAGGCAGCAAAGGGGAAACUUGCUCUAGAAAACAGAGUAAAAAUCCUUCAAAGCCCGACUCUAAAGAGAGCCAACCGGAUCCGUCACAGUACCAACAGUUCAACCCAGAAAACAAAAACUCCUCCAACCAAACUCAUAGGGACUCUUACCUACCUCAUAGUUUAGGUUAUGCUAACCGCUACGUCCCAUACUCUGUUGCUGAGACUCUGUCAAUGCAGCGAAUGACAACCAAGGGCCACGUCUUCCCCCAUCCACUGUUGCUUGGCAACAGCAACUUUUACCAGUCACAUGGCCUCCCGUAUGGAAUAUUACCUUACCAGAGCUCAGAUAAGAUGGCGUCCAUGUCUGACUGUCCAGGUCUCGAAAACAAAGAUCCAAAUCAUAAUUUGUCCAAGAUCCAAAGUAAAACCAGAGAUGAAGAACAAUUCAUGAAUCAGAAAAGGCAGGAUGGUAGCCGUGGUUACAAGAAUGACGACGAGAAUGAGAAAACCAAGAAACCAGCUUCAAAAGCAGCUCCAGAUAAAACCCAGUCUGCUGCCAGGGACGAUGUAGUUUGCAUUGAUUUGGUACAUGAGGAGAAAAAUGACAACAACUGCAACCCUCUCAUGGAAGUUCCCCUCAAACAGGGAACCAGUGGAGGGAACCAGUUCAAAGGCAAGAAGUCAUGGCUUCCAGAAGGAUCUCAAUGGAUCCAGAAUGCAGAGCAGAGUCGGAGCUCGCUAGCCCAGACUCCAUCCAGCUGUUAUGUUUCACCUUCUGGUAGCCAACAACUCUCAGAAGAGGAGAAACCAGAAAGUCCAUUUCCAGACAUCCCAGAAGAGCUGACAAUGCAGUGUGCCCGAACGUCCCCUUGGCAGUUCUCCAGAGACUCUAAAGCUUCUGGUGGCGAUGCCACAGUGACACCAGGAGCUGUUUCACAGGAAGCACAGCCUGAAUCUUCAAGUAAAUGUGACGGCCCUCCAGAAAAUCCAGUCUCAUUGGUUCCCAACGGUGGUGAAGGUAGUUCUGGUGAAACAAAAUGUACAAUCAUCAGUCCAAAUACUCCAGCUUUGGUUGGUGGUGAUCUGUCUGAAAGUCCAGGAUCCACCAGUAAGGGACUGGUUUCUAAUGAUUCCAGUCCUCAGGUCCCAUCAUGGAGCGUGUUAAAUCCCAGAUUCCCAACUGAGAAAGUCACAAACUCUCGGCCUUCCCUGUAUCUGAGCAUUGACCCCAAAGACCCAACAUGUACCACAGACAGAAGUCCAAACGUUGGGGGAUCAAGUGGCAUUAAUGUCGGUUUGAAGGUAUCAGUGAAUGAACCCAGAAUUUUCAGUUGUUCGCCUGGUGAAAAUAAAAACUCUGUUGUUUCAAGCUGUGGAAACGACAUUGAACCGUUUGGGAACGGUGAGAACCACAACGCUACAUGGCCCAGUUUCAGCUUGAGGGCUCCGGCUUUUGGAAAAACCAGCCCAACCAGUGGGAAUGCCGCCUUAGAUGGUCUCAUGUUGUUCACAAACAGCAACCACAGGCUCUCCUCAUCUGGAAGUUUCACUGAAGGCCCUUCUGGUCCGAACCUUUUGGCUACCGAUGGAGUUCACAGUAACCUGACCCCACAUGUUGACAAAGACCUUCUCAUCAAGGCCAGCUGUGGAAACAAAGGGAAGAAUCUGCAGGAUAAUGUAACUCUCCUGGAAGACGACCCUGAAGACUCUGAUGGCUGCAGAAACAGGCAGUCAAGCUUCAGCAAGAAGAUGACAAACUCCCCUGGCUGUGUGGGCGGCCAUCUUAAAGACAUGACCUCUGACCUCCUCUCUGAUGUCAGCGAGCAAAGUCCUCUACAGCGCGCCAUGCUGCAGUUCUCUGAGCUGGAGCUGAGGGAGGGAGGAGGAAGAGAGGAGGAAGAGGAGGAGGAGGAGGAGGAGAGGGAAAACGGAGAGGAGGGAGGAGGGGAGUGGAGAGGAACUCCCUCUGCAGCCGCCGAGACUCUGAGAGGUUUAAAUCGGUCCUCCUCUCUCAAACAUCACCUUUACCGCCACACAGAGCCACUUCCUGUCCUCCAGGACAGGGACGACCAUCAGAUCCAGCCGUUUGGGUCCGGAGCUCCGUUCCAGGGGAACCGGCUCGCUCUGCGGUCUAGUCCAAACAUCCCCAUGAGCCGGCGGCGAAUAUUCAGCCUGGAGCCGUUUCAUCAGAGCAGCAUCAUCAGCGGCUGCCAGAAGAGAGGGAGGGGCGAGGCGGGAGGGGACGAGGGCGGGACAGGAAGUCCAACCAAGAGAGUCCGAGUCACCAAUGACUCGAUUCUAGACGACGUGAAGAAGCUGAAGGUCCGCAUCGAGUUAAACGGCCUGCGACUUAACAAGCCCCGCCCACCCGGAGAGCUUAGCCAAUGGCUGCCCUCUGGGGACAAAUCCACAGACCUGGACAGGAAGUUGUCGCCUGAGAGGUCAGAGGUGAACGGCAGCUGGUGUGAGCCCAGGUUCCUGAGGCGGGACGCUGCGACAGUUUCCCACGUGGCUCCGCCCCCCUCUGGUGGCCACCAGGCUCCUCCAUCGCUGACCUCCACGACCUCGACCCGACUGCAGGACAAACCUCAGAUGGCCGGGGAGAGCCUGAAGGUCUGCGCUCCUCCAUCGUCCUUCCCGGGCGACCAUCAUUUGUUCCGUUUCCAUGGUGACGGCCUCGACGCGCCGAAGGGCAAGCGUCCCUUCAAGAUGAAGCACUCUCUGGGGGCGGAGCAAGACGAAGGAGGAAGUGAUGAUGAGGAGCGGAGCGGGAAGGUUUCCCAGUUGGACUCCUCCAACUCCCCUGAUCAGAACCCCGCCUCUCCAGAGACCCAGCAGUCGGUUCGGCCCGUCCCUCCGGAGGUCCGUCGCCUCAUCGUGAACAAAAACGUCGGGGAGACUCUGCUGCAGCGCGCCGCGCGGCUGGGCUACCAGGAGGUGGUGCUGUACUGCCUGGAGCGCCGGCUGUGUGACGUGAACCACAGAGACAACGCCGGGUACUGCGCCCUGCAUGAGGCCUGUGCCCGCGGCUGGCUGGGCAUCGUACAGCUGCUGAUCGGACACGGCGCCGACGUCAACUGCAGCUCUCAGGACGGGACCAGGCCGCUUCACGACGCCGUGGAAAACGACCAUUUGGAGGUGGUCCGCUUCCUGCUGGCCUGCGGCGCCGACCCGACCCUCACCACGUACUCUGGGCGAGGGCCGCUCAGCAUGACCCACAGCGCUGCCAUGGAAACCUUCCUGGAAGACUAUCUGUCUGACAUCCAGGGAAGGUCGGAGGGCGAUCCGGGAAUCUGCUGGGAGUUUCACGGCAGCUCUGUGUGCGAGUCGACUUACGAAGGAGGAGCGUACAACAUCCUGGCCGACCCGCCUGGACCGGAUGAGGAUGAGGAGGAUGAAGAGGAGGGCAUGGAGGAGGAGAACCGGGUCAGGAGGGAGGUGUUCGAGUUCGAGCUUUCGGACCGGCCUCUGCUCCCGUGUUACAACAUCCAGGUGGCGCCGUCACAGGGACCCAGAAACUGGCUCCUCCUGGCUGACGUUCUUGGUCGACUUCGGAUGGCGUCUCGUUCUUUCCGGCGCCUCUUCCCACAGCUCAACAUUCAGUCCAUCCCUGAAGACGAGUUCUACCGGCAGGUGUCCCUGUCCCAGCUGCUGACGGGUCCAGAUGAGCAGGAACUGGCCUCCUUCAGGCCGGAUGUGAAGGACCCUCUGGAGCUGGUGGAGGCCACCCCGGAGCUGGCCGGCAUGCUGGGCUCCUCCCUGGAGUUUGUGGACAGUCGCUGGGACUCUCUGGAUGUUUCCCCCCCACCAACACCACCGCCAUCACCGGGGCAACCUCCAUGUCUUACACAGGCUUUACCGGCAGAACAGGAAGAGGACAGGAGUCCCAGGACUGUAGAGUCUAUUUCAGGACCUUCAGGACGGUCCAGCUUGUGGGAUCAACACAAAACUGAGGCUGCAACUUCAACAAAGCCAGGAAUGACAGCUACCGCUAGCUGGUGGGAACCACAGAGACAUUCUGGUCUGGAUCCUGACAUCCAUGAGUCUGCUAAUCCAGAUUCUAAAAAAUGGGACCAGCAGUCCAAAGAAAGAAAACCCUCUGGACUUCCAUCCAUUAAACUGAACUCUGUGGAUGGAGGAAAGAUGUGGGAACAACAGCGACUGAGGAGUAGGGACGUUGAAACCAAAACGAUUACGGAGGAACGGAAACCAGCUCCAGUUCGAAACAAGAAGACAGGAAGCUCAAAUCCUGCACAUUUAAAAGAAGAAAUGAACUCAAACAUCUGGAAAAAUGACGGUAAAGCAGGAACCGAUGUGGAGUCUGAAGUACCACAGCAAAGUAAGACGUUUGAGAUCUCCAGCCGCUCUAAGCUGGACUCAUGGGAUCUUCAGGAAACAAAGAGAAGUGGUGGAACCACCACAACGCCCAAGAGAGACGCCAACCUUACCUGCCAGAGCCUCAGCCUGGCGGGUAACUCCUUAAAGUUGGACGCUGCCUGGCAGAGGAACCUGACCAACGUCAGAGUCCACAUCAGAGACCUGGGGAUGAAAAUUGCCAGCAUUCAAAGAGACAUUAAGAAGGACUCGGGGAAAGUGGUGGGGAAAAGUUCUCGGGUCAAAACGAGGUCAUGAGAUGACGGACGACCAACCAGAAAUAACUGGUAGCCAAUGAUGUGGAUGUGACUGUAAAACAGGCUGUAGACUCUGGAUCGUGUUCACUGGCUGUCUGUCAGAUCUGUUCACUGUAAACUGUAAAGGUUUUUUAUUUAUGGGCAGAGACCUGAUGUAAAUAUGACUGGCUCUGUGUUAGCAUGGUGAGAGCGCCGGCUCUGUUCAGGCAUCCUGUUGGUUUUUGUCACUGUUCAAUAAACAAAGACACAAAGAAA